UUCUCGCCAUCACUUGUUCAAACAAAGGUAAGAGUUUCAUUUAAUAUUUUUAUAAUAAUUUUCAGAUAUCCUUCUAGUUACAUACUGUAUUUUCAAUAAAACUGUUCUUCCCAUUGCAUAGCUAAACCGACUAAGGAUGGCUGAUAGCAAAAUGGCUGUGACCCAGUGGAGCCCAGAGUUUGUAAAAGAGCUUCUCCCUGCUUCCGAGAAGACAGCCCUUCUCUAUCAUCUCUCUUACCUGUGCCUGGCCAACUUCCCCAACCUGGAGAGAAUCAUCCGGAGUCGGGCUGUGGAAACCCAGCUUCUGUUUGGCUCCUCUGAUGCAACUAUGUUGAAAUGUAUUUUGACCAGUCAAAACCUGGUUGAGUCGCUGUUUCCCAUGUUGGUGAAAGCUGUGGAGAAAAAUAAGGCGGUUUUGGCAAUUAAAUUCCUAGAGAAAGCACGAGUCUGGAUCAAAGACAUUAUCGCUGAUGUGGAUAAGAUAGUGGAGAAGUAUGAUUUACACAACAAUGAUGUAAAAUCGUCCACCAGUGAUGUUUACAAGGAAAAAUGUGAUACAGAUAAAAAGAUUAAAGAACAAGACCAGGAGUUGAAGCAGGCUGAAAGUGCACUGAAUACUCUGAAAUCUCUGCACCAAAAAACAAUAGAAGAGCUUGCUGAAACUGAGCAAAAGAUAAACAGCAAAACCCAAGAGAUUCAAGAAUUUGCCAGAUCCAUAACCAAAACAAGUAAAGGCCUCGGCAUCUUCGCUGCACUCGUUCCAUUCAUCGGGCUAAUUGUUAAAAGCAUUUAUGAUGCUGUACAUGAUCCUGAAAAUAUUGCACGAAUGAAGGCUCUUGAAGCUGAAUUGAAUGUCUAUAUUGCUGAUAAAACUGCUCUGAAACAAAAGGAGUGGCAGACGCAACUCCAGCUCAUUGAUGGGCAGAUGAAGGCUGCCAAAGCUAGUUUUGACCUGAAUUCCAUACCCGACCCCAUCUACCUAAAUGAAGUUCAGAGUAGCUUGUCAAAAAUUCAGGCAAUUCUGAUUCAGCUCAAACACUUCUGGGAGAGUGUUGCUGUAAUGCUGGACUCCCUGGAAAAAAAGACCUUUGUUGGAGAAGAUCUUGUUGAAGACCUUACCGAACUAAAAGAUGAAUUUCUAGCAUCAAUCGAAGUAGCCAAACAGGCUUGGAGCAUUUUUGGUGCAGGCUGUCAAAAAGCAUCUGUCAUCUUUAAGCUCCAAACCAAAGAUUCCUACAAGUUUCUGGAGGUCAGUCCUUCCUCUCUCAACAAGGAGGAGUGGGAAGAAGAGUACAAAAGUGUAAAGGAACGACUGGAGAAUAUCGACCCACCAAAAAGUGUGCCAUCCUCUGUUAAACCUGCCAUUUGUCAAUGAUCAGAGCGCUGACACACACAAGUACAUCGUCCUAUUUGAUUUCUGUCUCAUGAUGCUGGUAACCUGCUGAUGAUGUUUAACCAUUUACAUACUGUACUUGUAAACUGCAGAGUUCUGUAUUUUCUUCUACUUAACAUCUAAAACAUUGUUCACAUAUACUCUUCUCCUUAUGUAUAAUCUUUUUAUGAGCUUUAGUAAAAAUACUCUUGUUGAGUAGAUAUGUAUGGAUGAAAAUGAAAUAGUUUUCCGAAUAAAGUUUGAUAACAUCA